UAAAAUUGGUGAACCUAUACUUCACGUGUACAAAAGGUUGUUGGCUCCUUUGCGUACUCUUGGGUUAUGCGGGAUUAUUGUGUUGAUGAGAUUUGAACCAAUACCUUUAGAACACUUUGUAAUGAAAGUUUGGUAAUGGUACUACUGAAAAAUAACUGAUUACAAUGUCAGACCAUUCCAACAGUAGUAGUAUUGGGAUGAAGCCCAUUAGCGAGCACGGUAUUUCAAAUGUAUGUCAUGGAAUGAAAGCAAAUCCCAGCAUUGUGUCAGAUAGUCCAGUGACCGACCCAGGAUCAUCUGUGAAGGUAGUUGGAGAACCAGUAGCAUUUCCUGGUCAAAGGACAAAACUGGAUGCAAAGAGUUCAGGAGCAUUGAAGAAAUCAAGUCGGUAUCGGAGUAGGUCGCUUUCUGCUUCCUCUACAGAUUCAUAUAGUUCAGCAUCCUACACAGGCAGCAGCUCUGAAGAAGAUACUGUAUCACCGAGAGAGAAAGUUCAGAAAAACACCAAAAGUUUUUCAGACUUUUGUGUCAAAAACAUUAACCAAAGUGCCUUUGGACGACGAGAAAUCGAGAUUGCAGAACAAGAAAUGCCUGGAAUAAUGGCUCUUCGUCGGCGUGCAGGUGAUGACAAACCCCUUAAAGAUGCUAAAAUUGUUGGGUGCACUCAUAUAAAUGCUCAAACUGCUGUUUUGAUAGAAACACUUUUUGCAUUAGGAGCUCAAGUCAGAUGGGCAGCAUGUAACAUAUAUUCAACCCAGAAUGAAGUUGCAGCAGCUUUAGCUGAAGCAGGCUAUCCAGUUUUUGCCUGGCGUGGAGAAACUGAAGAAGAUUUUUGGUGGUGUAUUGAUAAAUGUGUAAAUGCAGAAAAUUGGCAGCCAAAUUUGAUUUUAGAUGAUGGUGGUGAUGCUACUCAUCUUAUGUUGAAGAAAUAUCCAGCUAUGUUUAAAUUGAUCAAAGGAAUUGUGGAAGAAAGUGUCACAGGCGUUCAUAGAUUGUAUCAACUAUCCAAAGCUGGUAAACUAAGUGUUCCUGCAAUGAAUGUAAAUGAUUCUGUUACAAAGACCAAAUUUGACAACCUUUAUAGUUGCAGGGAGUCUAUAAUUGAUAGCUUGAAGCGUUCCACGGAUGUAAUGUUUGGAGGCAAGCAAGUUGUUCUUUGUGGUUAUGGUGAAGUGGGUAAAGGCUGUUGUCAAGCUUUAAAGGGCCUUGGGUGUGUGGUUUACAUUACUGAGAUAGACCCAAUAUGUGCUUUGCAAGCAUGCAUGGAUGGCUUCCGUGUUGUGAAGCUCAAUGAAGUAAUCCGUAAUGUUGAUAUUGUCGUAACGGCAACAGGAAAUAAAAAUGUUGUCACACGAGAACACAUGGACAAGAUGAAGAAUGGUUGUGUGGUGUGCAACAUGGGUCAUUCUAACACCGAAAUAGAUGUUAAUAGCCUUCGAACUCCAGAUUUAACUUGGGAGAAAGUGAGAUCACAAGUGGACCAUGUUAUAUGGCCAGAUGGCAAACGAAUUGUGCUGUUAGCUGAAGGCCGAUUAGUCAACCUCAGUUGCUCUUCCAUUCCUUCGUUUGUGGUAUCAAUAACAGCUGCAACGCAGGCACUUGCUCUCAUCGAACUCUUUAAUGCUCCUCAUGGCCGGUACAAAUCAGAUGUCUACCUUCUUCCGAAAAAAAUGGAUGAAUACGUAGCAAGUCUACACCUUCCUAACUUUGAUGCCCAUCUAACAGAGCUGUCUGAUGAACAAGCAAAGUACAUGGGAUUAAAUAAGGCGGGGCCUUUUAAACCAAAUUAUUACCGAUACUAAUGUUGUUGGUGUUUGGCCUGAGAGUAUUAAAAUAUGUUACUAGUACAAAGUUUUAUUUAGGUGAAUUGGUAAGAAUAUUGGAAACUCUGCAUUUAUAUUUCAUAACUAUGCUUUGAACAGUAGAUAUAUUGUAUCAACAAAGUUUACAUAUUUAUGGCCUUCAUUUAGUUUAAACAGAAUAUCAUAACUAAUUGGUUUAUUGUGGUUUGUAAAUCUUUCCGUCCUUUAUCAUUUUGGUCUAAGAAUUUCAUCUAUGUGAGCAUAUAUAUGAUGUAUGUUAGCAAACAUAAGGCAUUUUAUUUAAUUUAUGUAUAUUUUAACUCUGUAGUGUUGCAUUUACAAAGUCGUACUAUGAAAUGAAACAACAUUAGAAUAUAAUGAAGUCACUGUAGUUAAUAUAGGUAAAUAAGAUGGCUGGUAAUUUUAUUUAAUGUUGGUUAUAUUUUGCUAAAGUAGUUAUAUUUAUUUUAUUGUAAUUUUUGUAUUAGUUAAUACAUACAUAUUAAAUGUGCAAGGUUCCCAGCACAUUUUAAUGAUUUUCUUUGUGCUGAUGUAUUAGUGUACGUUUGCAUGUUUGGUGAAAAUGAAACAGUAGCUUAUGUGGCUGUAAAUUAUAUAUUUUUAUAAUGUAAACUCACAUUUUAACUGCACUAUAUUAGUCGUUCAUGCUGUUUGAUGUAUAGCAAAGCUUCUUUACCAAUAUUGACAUUGUGCCUGAAAGCUUUUCACAUCACAUCUUAGUAUCACAUAGCCAGUCUUGUAUCAGAAAACAUUAAGAAUUAAUUGAUUUUUUUUUUUUGUAGAAUUUUCACCUGAACAUAAUCAACCGAAUUUUAUAUUUUAAGCUUAAAUUUUAAUGGUGAACCUUAUUUUAUAUCCUAACUUGUGGUGCUAGACUUCAUUGUUUAAUAGUAUUAACAGUAGUUUGUGAUGCUCAAUUUUUUAUAGGCAACUAAAAUUAUGGUUAUAUGUUAUGUGGUUUUUUGCUUUUUACCACACAAAGUGUUCGUUUAUACUUUAAAAUUUAUGAGUUUGUUUGGUUUUGUACGUGUUAUUCUUAUGAUUCGUUCAACAGAAUAAUCGUGCUAAGCGAUGCUGUUAGCUGUGACAGUAAACUUGGUGGCACCAUCAUUGGUAACUUGGGAAAUUCAGAAGUCUGUUUAACAAUUCUCUAAGGAAAAAGAAUAAUGGUGUGAAUAAAGAUAAGCACUUAAUUUUGUGUAAUUUACUUUCAUAGGUACCAUCUCACAAUCACGAUGGAUAACUUCUCUCAAUACAUUUGAAACUUCAAUAAUUUGUUGGGAGUUGCAGUAUUGGAUCCUAAAAGAUGAAUUUUAAAAAAAUUGGGUGUGGAUGUUAUGUUUAUGACAUUUAGACCUAUGUCAAUUUGUUAUUGUUACAUUACAUUAUAAAAUUACCACUGUCACUGCCAUACAUGAAGGCUUACAACUUAUUUUAAAUUGGUAUGCAAUGUUACAAAACAAAAUCUGUACAUUUUAGCACUUGAAAAUUUAAAUUUUCUUGUGGUGUAAAUAAUAGGGAUGAAUUGCAUUGUAAACAUAGGUAGUGAGUAAAAGACAAAAAUAUUACCUAUUUUAGUUGAUGGAAAUGUGUAAAUAAGGAGUAUGAAGAAUGGAAAGUAUACUGUAUAUGCAUCCAAAGAUGUAAAUACUGCCCAUUUUAAAGUAAUAUACAGAAUGUCCUAGAACUCAAUGACAAUAUACCAAUUAAUGAUGCAUCUGGUUCAAAAAACAAUAAAAUAAAAAUCUUGUUUUCAAUUCAUGGGAAUUUUUCCAAAAGUUUUUAAAUGUUCACUCUGCAACAAAUUAUUAGAUAUUAUCUACAUAUUUCCAUAUUAUACUGUUAUAAUUUUUGCUAAGCGAUCCUGAAUAACUCUACUGUUUAUAAAAAUUAUUCAAAAUAAAAUAAAGUUUGCUAACUUUUGGGGAAAAACAUUAUGACUUACACCAGGGCUGCCACCACUCUGAAAACAAUAUCCUUGAUUGAAAUGCGAAAUAUCCUGUAAAAUCCUUGUUUUCAAUACAAAAUAUCCUGUAAAAUCCUGUACAUUAAAAAAUACAAAAAAAUAUGCAAUUUUUAUGAAAAUUACUCAAUCAUAAUGUACGUGAAUUCUGCCAUAUUCUUCCUAGAAGAGAUAUACAACUAAGCAUUUAGCAUUGGCAAUUCAAGAUAUGACCUGUGCCCUGUCUUGAUAAGAUUGAGCUUACUAAAUAUCCUUUCCAUCCCUGCAUUGCUGUGUGGAAGGAUAAGUAUUGCUUGCCUUUGCAAGUUUACAAAGCAGUGGAAAACAUGUUUUCCCAUUAAUUUCAUACUGUGACACUUAAUGCCAGGCCUGCCACCAAAUUAGGUUCCUAAACCCUCUUUACAGCAUUUAAAAAUCCUGUAAAAUUUAUAGCCGUAAUUGACAUAAUUUAUUUUUCGCAGUAAUUUUAAAUAUACAUUGCAUUCCAAAACAUAAUUUAAAAAAAAAUCAAAUGAAUGUAAAAAAUGUUUAAGAUUUGCCACUUACAUUACAAAACUAAUAGUUGGUAUCACAAUAAAAUAAAAAGUAAUUUAAAAAUUUCUCUUCAGUAUAGGCUUUGGUGCUUUUAUUUACAAACUAUAAAUACAUCCAUACGACUGAAGUUAUUUACAAGUUUAAAAAAACAAAUGUAUUUCACAUCAUUAACUAGCUACUUUUUCAUGUUCUGUGCUCUUUUCCGCAUCUCGUCAGUGGACUUGAAAGCCAGACCUGCAGAUGUUCUCAUUGUGCAAUACAACAGCGCAUUUAACAUUGGUGAUUCCAUUGACGAUCUGUGAACAGUUUUAACCAUCUUGAGAUUGCUGAAAACACUUUCCACAGCAGAUUUUCUCCAGUUGCAGCACCACUCAAAGCCAUUACUUUGUACAGAUGAGUUUCAACAAUCUCACUACAACCUGCCUAGUGACUGUCAGUUGAUUCAUCAAUCAUCAGUGUGAAAAAUUGUGUUUUCAUUGCAUAGGUAACAUAAUCUGCAACUGAUGUACCCAAAUAUUGAAUAAUUAUCUGGCUAGUUUUAUUGCGAGAACAAUGAAAGUUUCUUACAAUUUCACUAUCUGGAAACAUUUGCGGGACAAGUUUCGUGAAAUUAUCACUGAGUUUCACAGAUAAAUUGUUUUCACAAACGAAGUUCACCCAUAACAGUUCCGCAUCAAUUAUUUUGUUUGGUUUGGUUACAAAACUCGUCAAAGAACAACUCUGAUCAGCAGCUCGUUGGUUUUUCGCAUGAACGUACGUCUUCAAGCCGCCCUUUGUCACGUUCAGUUCCGAGUUGCAAGUCGAACAAACAGCGGAAAAUUCCGUUUUGCCACGCCUAAACCAUUUCAAUUCUUGCUCCCAUUCUUUACGAUAACGCUGUUUAUAAAGUGACCUGUCCGGCGAAGCCUUUCAUUUUUUCUCCAUCACAAUCAGCUAAGACCAAAACUACUACUUAAAUCACGUAUGAAGUUUGUAAACAAAUGCCGCACCUAAAAUAUUGUAGGGGCAAAAAAUACCAAUGUUUACUGACGCCAUGACACUUCUUAGCGUUUAACUUAACAAACAAAAAACAUUUGCUCCGAAACCAUAGAUAUUGUACUUCAUGAAACUAUAUGUGGGAGUAUAUGUUUUUGGUUUGUGGUUAAACGAUUGGAAGUUCCAUGGCGCUACACCUAAUGUGAAUGUUUGCUUUACUGUUGGAUGCUUGUAUGGUUUGACAACUUCAAAUAGAUAGUUGAAUGUAAAUAUUUACACGAACGAAAUUCAAAUAUGAAAAAUAUCGGCGAAGCGUCAUAAAUAUCCGUGAAUGUCGCCGUUUAUCCGUUAGUCCGUUUUAAACUUCAAAUAUCCGUGAAAACGGAUGAAAUCCGUGAAUACGGCAGGCCUGCCAUAGUACAUUUUUGUACAGUAUGAAUAGUCACAAAAUUCCCAAUUAAAAAUAUUUGCUGCAUAUAUCAUGCAAAGAAUUUUUUUCCUUCAAACUAGAGCAUGUGUGAUUUUAUUUUGAAUUGUUUUCAAUGUUAAGGUUAUUCAAGAUAGUGUAGCAAUAAUUUUAAUGUUUAAUAUGGUAGUUUGUAGUCACAGUAUAUAAUAAAUUGGUGCAGAGUGGAAAUUUUUUAACUUUAGACAAAUUUUCUAUAACUGACGAGGGUAUUGUUACACUUUUAUUUUUUAUUUUUUUAUAUUUUAUUUCAGAACUGUUAUUAAUUGGCCAAUCAACUGUUCUCGUCUUGAUGUUGAGUUCUGGGACAUUCUGUAUUUAAACUACAUUUCCUGUAAAGUGGCUAUAGGCACCAGGGAGUGAGUAGUUCCUAAGGAUGAUCUUCCUUUCUCAAGACCAAUAGCUUGGUCAGUAGGCAAGUGAUCUGCUUGGACUAUAUUUUAUAUGAUGUGAUUAUGAUAUUAUGUGCAGGUAGUCCCAGUUACUGGCAACAUAGGUCUUGUUUAAAUCCUUGAUCUAAAUCCAUUGCUUAAGAUGAUUGAUUUAGAAUUAUAAGUUAUGAUUCAAAGGUAAAUUAUUUUCUAGUACAGGACCCUGAAAAUUAGUGAACAUAGAGGCUGUGAUGUCAGGUCAGGGUGUAUUAAAUUUUGUUAAGAUGUUGUAUAACUAACUUCUUUGGCAAUAAUUUUUUUGUUAAAUUGCCAAGUUGUCCCAGAAGGUAACAGUAUGCUGAUGCUUUCAUGACUGCAUUAGUUGUUUUUUUUAUUCUUUUAGUUGAUUUUAAAUGACCUUUCUCUUUUUAGAAUAAAACACUUGUUUGCAGCCAGGAAUGUGUAAUUAGAAGUAUCAGAUGCCACCUCAAAAAAGCAAACUAAUAGCCUUGGUCAUAGAAGCCUUGCAAAGACAGGAUGAUUAUAUUUUGAUUGGACCAACACAAUCAACAAUAUCCCUCCUUAGCAAAUAUUUUAAUUUUUCGAACCGUUAUACAUUAGAUAUUGACCAUCACCAUUUGAAUAGGAGUAUUUUGUUUAAGAAUUUUGUGCAACCAAUUUUAUGUGACUUUUGGCAUGUUUAUGAACCAAGAUCCAGAUUUGCUCUGUAAAGAGCCCUUGGAGCAAUUUAAUCCCAGGUCCAUGACUGGUUGAAUGAUGUACUUAAUUUUUUUUUGUCACAUAGUGAGAGUUAGGUAGCCAGAAAGGAUUUUUUUUGCUCGAAAAUUAACUCUUAAUGUUGAAGUUAACAUCCACUCUUCUCUGUCAUGUAGAUUCAAGGUUUUUGACUUGUGUGGAAACAUACUCCCACUCUUUCAAGCGAAACAUAUCUACAUAGACGAACCCAAAUUGAACUUCAUUUGAACAACAAAAAUCUCAUAGUAAUGUCAAUUAAGGCAACCAAAUUUUCUCAAGGUUGAAUAACUCUCAUUUUGCAGAAAGGUUUGCAAUCUCUAAUUACUAGAGUUGUGCGGGAUUCUGUAAUUCAGGAAACGUUUCUGAAUCAGUAAUGUUUUUAUCUCAACUAGGCAGGGGAAACAAUUUCCUAAAAAAUUUUAUUGUUUUAGGGUUACUUUAAUUAGUCAUUAUAUCCAGCCAUGUAAAUUUUGGGGGAAACAAAUACAUAAAAAGCCCAAUCUAAACAUCGUUGUGGUAUGUAACUAACACUAGGCCUAUCGGCCAAGCACAUUUUACAUGAAAGAGAACCAGUCAAGCAUUCAAAAAUUAAUUAAAACUGUCAGCACACCGAGAAGGUUUAAUACAUUUCUGUAUAACAACCCACAACACAGGUAUGAAAUUUUAACAUUUUAAUUCCUCUUCAAUCCAAGUUGUUAGAAAAUAAAAGAAUUUAUGAUAAUUAUUUAAAUGAUAUUCAAAGUUAAUAUUGUUAUGGGGGAUUAAAAUUAAUUAAAUGAUAGUGCUUAAAUAUAUAAUAUGAUUAAAUAAAUAAAGCAUCAACUUAGUACUUAUGUUUUGAGGACAACUUGUUUAGCUCACAAGUACUCAUGCAUGAGGUAAACACUUCUGUGGGAUCUUUGGCCAAGUUACCACCCCAUACUGAGCACUCUUGUGGGAGUCUGUUCUGAGUCUAAUUAAAAUAACUAUUCACCUAAUUCAAAAAAUACUUUUUACUAAAAUAUUAAACAAAAUAUUUAAAAUUAUAGCUAAUCAUUCUUUUGAGUUACAUUUUAUUCAUUACUAACCCAUUUAGAACUUACAUGCGACUCCCCAAUUAAACUCAGUAUCUUAACAGAAAGUUUAAAAUUAUUUUAAAAAUUAAAGAAUAACAAAAA